UUCACACACGAACAAUUCACCAUGCAUCGCACUUACUCUAUGCGCCAGUCGCGUCUUCCAACCGCCUCGCAAAUCGAAAACCCUCCCCCGCCGUUGUCCUCGACAAAGACAAAUAGACUCUUCGGAAAGGGCGGUUUCGGUGAGUGCUCUCCCACGGUGGCCGAGCCAUUGGUAUUGUCACUUGUGUCGAAUACUUUGGACGAUGCCAUCUACUCAAGGACAGGCUGACUUUCUAUGACUGCUUUACUAACACUGCUAGCUUCAGGCCAUGCCUUGCGCAAAAACACGGCCGGUGCCUUCGGGCCCGACCUUGCCAGGAAACUCUCUCAGUUGGUGAAGAUGGAAAAGAACGUCAUGCGCAGUAUGGAGAUGGUGUCGAGGGAGCGUAUGGAAACU